AUGUACCCUGUAUAUCGGUCAAGCGAACAUAUUUGCCGUUCGCCUAUGGGGAACUCUCUCUUGUCCGAGAAGCUUGAGCUCCUUCAAAUCUACUAUCCGGAUUAUCUGACAACGUUCCUAGAAGAACUUCUUCAUAGCUGUGACGAUGAUGUGGAAAAGACAAGAGCCUUGAUCGAGGGACCGCAACCUCGAAAGAGAUCCAAUCUAUACCAGAGAUCCAUCUUCAGUCACAUCAAGCGAAGGAAAGAAUGCAAAGACGACCAGGGUUUCACAAGUUUUCUGACUAAGUCUUAUGCGUCUCGUGUGAUCACCUUAUAUACCCCAGAAGACGUAGAGAGACACCUUGGUAAUUUCGCGUCGUUUUACCCCAAUUUUCUUCCAGAGAAACUUUCCAACGAGCUCUUGCAUGAUCUAAAAACUAAUCUAUCCUCUUAUAAAGCGAAUGAAUUUUACCUUUUCGGAAACCAUUGCGUUCUGAAUCAUUCGGUGGCAGUUUUUUCAGAGUAUUCCAAAGCUAAACUCGACUUAAUAUACAAUGGAUUGCUAAUUCGAAACCCAGUUCCUUAUACUAAUAGUUUUUCCAAAGCUGUGCAGUUACUACAAGAUUUCUUAAACGAUACAAUCAUUCCUCAAGCUGAGCCUCUUCCGUUUCAAAGGCGUGAAAAGUGGGCAGCAGAAUACUGUCUAGUUAACUAUUAUGAGAAGUUACUGAACAACUUGGAUUGGCAUUCAGACCGUCUUUCGCACAUUGGUCCUCACAACUACAUCGCCUCUGUCUCUCUUGGAUGUACCCGCUUAUUUCGCUUGCGUAGUAACCACAAGAAAAAUGCUCCCAUUUUCGAAAUUCCUCUUCCACACAAUAGCUUAUUGAUAAUGCGACCGGGGUGUCAAGAGGAGUAUAAGCAUUGUGUUAAUUCAAUGCUGAAGUCAGUUGCACUUCAUCCUGAAGUAGGUUCGACCAGAUUCGGGCUCACAUUUCGGCAUUACCCGCCAGAAUUUAUCAAGAAUUCUCCUCGUUGCAAAUGUGGACUUGGCAUGACCCUCAGGCGGGCAUUCAAAUCUGUGGAUACAAGAGGUCGUUACUUUUGGCUGUGCGAAAACAAGUAUCAGAACAAAGACUGUGGGGACUUCCAUUGGGCGGAUUUUACCAAUGAACUGAAUCAUUACGUUGCGGAGGACUUGUCACAAGUUUCAACAUGGGUUUCGCCUGAUGAUGUUGAGAAGAUAGAGUAUGAUAAGAAGGAAAAAUAA